CUGACUGAAUGAAAUUCACAUUCACCGAUUGUAAACAAGAAAUUAUAUUACUAUUUUUUAUUUAAGUCGAACGGAACAACAUGAAUCCUAAUGAAGGUCCCUGUAGGAUUUGUUUAACAACAAAUAUAUUUUUUGAUUGGAACGAAGCUGUUUUUGAAUUUUCUGGCCCAUCCUACAAAGAAUGUUUCUACCAAUACACGCAACUUCAGGAACAAGAUACAGAUUCCCGCACACAAAUGCUAUGUUUGGAUUGUGGUAAUGGCUUGAGAAAUGCCUAUAUACUAGUGGAGAAAGCCUUGGCAUCUGACAAAAAAUUAAAGAGCCAGAAAUGUGUAAUUAAUGAAGAAGUGUUAUUGCAAAGCGAAAAGGUUGAAGUAAUAUCGGAAGAUAUGAAUAAUUCUUUUAAUUCGGAGAAGGCUUUAACAUCUGACCUAAAACUAAAGAAUCAACAAUCACAAAUUAUAACGGACAAUCAAUUAGAAUUCAAUAAAGACCAAGUAGUAAUAAUUGAUAUGCAAAAUUCGUUUAACACAAAUACUGAGGAUAACUUAAACACGAACAAGAAUGAAAAAGGAAAGAUAUUAACGGAAGAUGUAGAUAUAAAUAAGUUAUCUGACGAGGAGUCACAAGAUAAUGGUUUUUCUCUCACUCAGAAUUCGGAAUCAACAUCUGAAUCAGAGUUUGAUAAAAAAUCCACUGUUAAUAAAAAGACUGUGGAGAAAAGGAUAAAGAAAAGAACUUUAAUGUGUGCCUACUGUUCAUGGACUUUUAAAUCGCGAACCCAUUUAACUAAUCAUGAAAAAACACACCAACAAAAUCGAGAACGUACUGAAGUUUGCCCUAUAUGCGGCAUAAAAAUGUAUUGCAAAUAUGGCUUAAAAGCACACAUGGCCAUACACGAUGAUAAAAGAGAACGCAAUUACAAAUGUGAAUUUUGUCCUAAAUCGUUUUUUGCUCGUGGCGCACUAAAUGUUCACAGACGCAUUCAUUUAGGACAAAUGGUAAAAUGUAAUAUUUGUCCUAAAGAAUUUUAUCGUCAAGUCGAUUUGGAUCGCCACAUGAAAAGUCAUGAUCUUAUGCCCUUAAAAGCUGAUAUUGAAGAAACGCCAAAAGUGCGAGUAAAAUAUUUUAGAGAAUGCGAUAUAUGUGGUGAUAAAGUCAAUACCAACUCUUGGAAACGCCAUAAAGCGAAGCAUUUAAAUCAAUAUGAAAUUGAAUGUUUAAUAUGCAAUAAGCAAUUUUUCCCCGACACUCAUAUUAAACGUCACCUUAGACAAUGUCAUGAUGUUAAUGGUAGUGAUUCUGAGAAGUUUAUAAAAAAAUUGGAUUCCAAAUUUGAACCAAGACUUACACGUUUAAUGAUAGAGCAAGAAAUAACAAAAGUAUAUACAGAAAAAUAUUAAAUACUAUAUAAUAAUCA